AUGAUUCAUAAAGAAGAAGCAAAGUCGAGCACAAAUAAGCAAGAAGGGCGCGUCUGGCGGGCCAUUGGCGGUAAAGAUCGUCACAGCAAAGUGUGCACCGUGCGCGGCUUGCGCGACAGGCGGGUGAGGCUAUCGGUACCAACCGCCAUCCAGCUGUACGACCUCCAGGAUCGGCUGGGGCUGAGCCAGGCGAGCAAGGCUGUAGAUUGGCUCCUAAACGCAGCAAAACACGAAAUCGACGAGCUGCCGCCUCUACAAUUCCCACAAGGCGGUUUUGUUACAAAGCACGAGCACGAGCACAGUGUUUGGGUCGAGACUAAUGCAACAAAGCAGGAGACGAGGUUCGGUCUUCUCAAAAAUCGAGAUGAUCAAUUAUUAAAUAGUUUUCUCGUGCGCGAAAGUUUUCCGAAUUAUAGUCCGCCUGCCGGUCGGUUGUCGUGGGAAAUGACAGCUAAUCAUCGGGUAAAUGAUGUUCGUGAUUUCGGGUUUGUUAAGCCGAAUGAAACGGGAAAUUUGUGUGAUCAUCACCCACCUGGAACUGGAAUGAUCACCACUCAACCUUAUUUUCCUCAAAUGGAGAUGUCGAUUAAUCCGGUUAUGGCUUUUCAAUUGGGCAUGAGUACUACUGCCAAUCUUCUUCCUGUGGACAAUAGUGAAGUCAGCCAAGAAAAUAAGCACAUUCUUCGUAGCUAG